AAGUCUAUGAUUUAGUCACAUUUCUUCAGUCGUCUUGGAGUGAAUGUCCACAAUGGUGUCUUUGAGGUAUAUCUUGCUUUUCCUGGCUCUCUACUAUUUCCUGGACGGCGUUGCGGCUGUGACCUGCGAUGUAGCCCCCACGGAUGCCUCUUGCAUUGACUGUCGAGCUUAUCCCACCCAUAUAGAGUGCUUGCACAAACUUUUGUAUCCAGUCACAACUGCAGCCCCGAUCACGACGUCCACCACCAGAAGAUCACGAAUCGGCAGAAUGCGCAACUUCUUCAGCAACUUCUUUGCGAGAGUUAGGAGUAAGAGCUGGUUUUAAGGAAUAAAAAACAAAUGUCAUGAACGAAAUACAAAAAAUAACUUUCGUU